AGAUGCCUUUCAUCGGCUCGGCCUUAUCCAUCGACAGGCUGCUGGGGCUGCACCUGUUCGACAGCCUCAGCGGCCUCGGCGUGGCUGGCCAGAGCCCAGGCCACAAACUCCCGCCAGCCACAGCACCCGUUAGCGCUCUUAGUGCGCCGCGCACCGCUACAAAUCGCCCCGCCACGGCCGCUGCCUUCCAGCCUCUGCGAUCGACCUCCCGCAACCUCAAUCCUGCUUCUGCCUCUGCCUCUGCAUCGCCCUUCCGCACCACCAGCGCCAGCCCGUCCUCGCUCGCAUUGUCAUCAGCCUUCAGCCUGCUCGGCAUCGUCUCCCCCAGCGCUGAACCGUCUCCGCCUCCCCCCGAAGCUGCGUCCCGCCCGCCGGGUCCCAUCGCAUCGUGGCCAAUGGCUCAGCUACCGGUCGAGAUCUUCGAGCUCAUCACUCGCUAUCUGACCCGGGCCGAGAUCCAGACGCUUCGCCUCGUGUGCCGGGAGUUCGAGGCCAAAGUCUCUGCCCAAUACUUCCGCAAUGUCGUCGUGCCCUUCCGCUCGGAGCUCUACACCAACCUCGACCGCGACGAGAACACUGUCAUCGCGUCGCGCCUCUUCUCCAAUGGCAUGCGCAUCUUCGAGUCCUUUGGCCCUCACAUCCUUCGCUUUGCCCUGUCGCUUGAGCUGGACGAGUUCACGCUGGCCUAUCCGCCUGUGAAGCCUGCCCAGGAGGCCGUGCCCGCCUUCUGGGGCAUCUAUCGAUGGCCUCACGCAACCUACCACCGCUAUAGGGACCUUGAGGGCCUGGAGCAGACCGCCGAUGAAACCGACAGCAUGAAGAAGGCCCUGCGUUGCCUGACAAAGGUUACGAAUCUGGGUCUCUGCUGCGAUGCUGGACUGGGCUUCCUUGUCGGCCCUGAUCAGGCUGUGCAGAAGAUGAAUAACCCCGAUCCUGUUUUCAACACAAGCUACUCCCGCCAGGAGGGUCGCUUCGAGAGCGACGAUGCGGUUACCGUAUCGGACUUCAAUGGCAUGCCGCGAGAUCUUACCAGUGCCACUGCUCAGCAUGAUAACUUCAAGCGCCGGGUUCUGGAGAAGAUGAUUUCUGACGCCGGAUUUGCUGGCUACUACAUCCAAGAAGCCAUUGACCUGCUGCUCGAGACCGAGGGCGUGACGCUCUCCAAUAUCGAUUUUGAUGAGCGAGAAGUCAUCCCUCAUCGCCAGCGCCGGGCUGAGAACCAGUCCUCCUCGCGGGACUCGACGUCAGAUCCCAACAGCCGACAGCCUCUCAUCCCAACCAACCUCACGCGGGCACAGAAGGAGCUGCUUCUCGAGUUGGAGUGGGCCCAUCGUGCCAUGAUUCAGUCCUAUGUGAUCAGCAUCAUCGAUAAUGCUCAAGAUGGCUGCUUCAGCAACCUGACCAACAUCACCAUUGCCAAGAUUCCAAGCGCUCACGUCCACAUCCUGUGCCGCAAGGAGCUCUGGGAGAGUAUUCCCAAAGUCAAGAACGUCUCCCUGGCCGUCAUUGCGGACUGGAGAAGGAUUUCCAAGCCCUCCCCUGGUGUUGUGGCCGACACGCACGUGUCUCCCCUUGAUGCCGUGAGCAAGGUCUACAACCUUCUCAACCAUUACAUUGGACAGCAGCAGAACAUUGAGACCCUUCACUUCGAGUGGAUCUGCGGCGGGGAAUUUGCCAGGGGCCCGUAUCAGCGCAAUCAAUACAUCUUGCCGGCCCCUUUCGCUGAUUCGCCAGAGCUGAUGAGCUCUGUUGACGGCGCAAAGGACCCUGACAGGCUCUUGGACCUGCCCUAUGUCAAGGAGUUCUCUCUCAAGAACUGCUGGGUCUCCCCGCAUGUUUUGAUGCAGACCAUCCGUAACAUGGCGCUGCACUCCCUUGAGCGGCUGGAGUUUGAGUCCGUCUCCCUUUCGGGACCGCCCGUCUUUGCCUCUCAGCCAGUCAAUGUUGCCCAAGUUGCCGAGGAUGUUGGCCUUCCUCUUCCGCCAAUCUUCCCUGGUGGUGUGGCUCCCAUGAUUGCAGGCCCCGUUGGAGAACCGGCUGCUGCCAUGUUCGUCCAGCCACCCCCGGCGCCUCAGCCGCCAUCCGACGAGCAGCAGAGCGAUAGGCUUGUGUUGCCGGAGCUGUUCUCCUGGGCCGGCUUCUGCGAGCACUUCAGCCCUGGCAUCAAGAUGCGCAUGCUUCCCCGAUUCCGCGAGACGGCGAUCGAUGGAACCGUCAGGCCAGAGGACCUCGCUUUGCCCCUGGAAAAGGACCUUGCCCCUUUUCUACCGCAUGCCGACCAGCUCGCUGCUGACGAGACUCAGUACAACUUGAGCUCAAUCACCUUCAAAUCGUGUGGCUAUGUCUUCCUUGACGUGCGCAACCUCGACUUCAGGGCACUUCUGCCUCCUGAGGGCCAAGCUGCCCAUGCCUUUGUCAACAGUCUCCGGCAUGACAUCUUUCACUCUAUGCAAUACUGCAAAGAUAAGCUCCUCGGCCGUAUUCUGCCGUACAUUCUGCCUUCGGAGUGGAAGACGCUUGAGACCGUGUUCUUGAUGGAGCGGGGCUGGGGCAACUUGUACAGCUCGCGGGUGUCCGACGAUGCCAUUGCCGACGGAUUCGAAUAUCCGGGCAUGGGCCGCUUUUCUGGGACCGUGGAGAAACUCGACGAUGCUCAAGACAUCGAGAUGCUUGGAUAG